AUGAUGAGUAAUAAUAGUUCUUGUAGCAACAACAGCAACAGCAGCAGCAGCAACAACAAUAACAACGUCAACAACAACAACAACAACAACAGCAAUAACAAUAUCAUCUGCAACAAGAACUCCAAUAACAGCAGCAAAAUCAAUUCAAUCAGUAACAACAGCAACGCUGUCAACAAAAAGAGCGCCAGCACCGGCACGGCAUCAUCCAGUGCAGUGGUUUGUCACGGCAUGCCGGGCGCUACAUCGCGGCGCGUAGCGAAACGCAAAGCAUCGAUAACAAACGUUUCUCCAGCUGUGAGGAAACGCCGCAAACUACAACAUCUACCCAAGUCCGCCGAAACUCGACAAGAGCAAGUGCCACAAACCAAGAACACCGUUGCGGUGCUAAAUGAAUUGAAGCGCAAUCUAGUUUAUAAGGUUGAAUCUCAAACCGGCCCUGUGCAUGCUCCUCUCUUCACAAUUUCAGUGGUGGUUGAUGGGCAGAAAUUCGUGGGUUCCGGACCGAGCAAAAAGUUAGCACGGGUGGCGGCCGCAGCGUCCGCUCUCCGUAGUUUCAUUCAGUUCAAGGAUGGUGCCACCUUGACACCGAUAGAGCCGCUGCAAAAUGUAGAUUUCACCAGCGAUGAUCCGAUGAUUGAGAACAGCAUUUUUCCGCUCUCUGAUGCGGUCCCCAUAGAACCGCAGGAAAAGUCAAUUACCACGAAUGGCAAACCACUGCCAGAAACUACUAUCACUGUCAAUUUGAGCAACAGCACCAAAUACAACAGUAACGUCUACAACAUCACCGCCGCCAACCGCCAAAGCAACGUUUGUGGUAGCGCAUUCGAAGGUAGCGUUUCGCACUCAAUCAACCACAGUAAGAAAGACGCUACAAGGGAAACGAACGUUGGUAAUAGUAGUGUUAAGGUAAUGUGCGAAGGAACCAGGAUUGAGGCUAACACCGUGAACACCAACACAAGCUCUUUGGCGGGCGACAAGUCGCUUGGUGGUUCGGAUCGUAAUUCAACGACAAAGACUGGUUAUCUCGAUGCAUGCGCCGGCAGUCGCACUACAACGGCAGCGGGGUCUAAUAUAGCAACCAACAUGGCAGCAACCGGAGCCAAUUACAACGACUGUCACGAGCAGUGUAUCAGCGGCAGUAUUGACGGUGUCGCCACCUCCACCGUCACCGCUGCCAGCGAUAUAUCUGUGCAUAAUACUUCCUGUGCCGCUACUGCCGACGUUGCUGUAACUUUCCCCAACAUCCCCGAACCGGCCGCAAGUACAGCUGCGACGAUCGGGUGUACCAAUUCCCCACCUUCAGUCACGAACACUCCCACCACUACCACUAUCGUUCUAAUGCUUCCAUCGACUGAUGCUACUUCAGAGAGCGAGCGAGUAGUAUCAGCGCCUGCACAAUUUUCUUGCCUGUGUAGCAACGGUUCUAGUAAUACACCAGCUGCCGAGUCGGAUCGGUUCGUGGUACCUAGUGCCGUUCCGAAAGGUGGUAGUGCACCCGGUGGUAUUAAACAUUGCACACCAUCGGCGGCGGCCGACUUUCACCGUUACGUCAACAAUGCUUACUACGAUUCCUUCCACAAAGUAAACAAUCAACAUCCGAUCAAACAGCCUGGCUGCUCAUGCCGGCGGGAGACUGUAGACUUUCGCGGCACUAACCACCACCAUGCUAAAACGUGCUUUGUGCGUAACACGCUCAAUAAUACCAACGUGCCCGCGACUGUCGCACCAGCGGUCUCGCCAUAUGCUAACGAAGUGUUUUUAAAACGAGAACCGUCCGAGGUUGGUGCACUACCGGUCUUUUUCACUAACAUUGGCGUCCGUAACACUAUUAACAACCUUAGUGACAACAUUCUGGCAGCUGAUACUGCUCCUGUCUCUGCAAAUUCUAACACCGCUGGCGAAAAAAAGAAGUACCCUUCCGAAAGCCACUUCUUCCCUCCUCUUGGCACUAUUAGUAACCUAGUUGCUCCCGUCACCACCAAAACCACCACUACUCAACCUUCCUCCCAGUGUCCUGCCAAUGGUAAUCCCAGUGCGCAAAAUGGUCAACGGCAAGUGGUCGAAAAGAUUCAGCAAAGUUUAGAUUUGUUCAAAAAUAGCAAUGAGAAGGCUGUAGCGUGGAAGAAGCGUUUCGAAAAGCUGAAAGUUUCGGCAACGAACAUUGUCCGUAACAGUGCUACCGUCGCGGCUGGCCACCAUCCCAAGUCGCAGCCUGAGAAGGGGCCGGUAAUGCUGUUGCACGAGCUCUUCACUGAUGCACACUUCGAGUGCGUGUCGUCGGAUGGACUCCAGCACUCGAAGUUCACCGUCGUGGUGACGGUAAACGACAACCAGCGGUUCGAGGGGACCGGUCCGUCGAAGAAGAUGGCUAAAAAUGCUGCGGCCAAGGCAGCACUUGCGUCGAUAUGCAACAUCUCUUUCAGCCCACUGCAGCAGUCCAAGUUUGGACUGAUCAACGCUGGAACCAGCAACGGAGCAAUCGGGGGCACCAGUGGAAUCGCAGUGAAUGGUGAGAAUGCCUUCAAGUCGGCCAAAAAUUUUGAACUUCCUCAAACAUUCGCGGAUGCGAUCGGCAAGUUAGUCAUAGAAAAGUUUAAUCUGGUGAUGCAGGGCAGCGAUGUGUACAGCCGGCGCAAGGUGUUGGCCGGAUUUGUAAUGACACAGGGCUACGACGUGAAAACAGCGCGUGUCAUUUCACUUGCCACGGGCACAAAGUGCGUGAGCGGUGAACAUAUGAGCGUCACUGGGUCGGUGAUAAACGAUUCGCAUGCUGAGAUUAUCGCGCGGCGCGGUUUGAUGGACUUCUUCUACAGUCAGCUCGAUCUGCUGUGCCGCCACUCAGUAAUUGGUGAAGAAUCGUCACCGAAAGCUCCCGUCACUGGGACAGGAUCUUCAUUACCCGGAACGGUGCUAAACGGCAAUGCUGUACCGAACGAACACGUUUCUGCCGAGAAUCGGUCUGAAUCGAAGCAGAUGGCGGAUGCGAGCCAAACCCAGAGCAGCAACGUGCAAGAGAAAUCGAUUUUCAACAAACCUAGCAUCGAAUCCGCGCUCUACACACUAAAGGAUGGUAUUUACUUUCACCUGUAUAUCAACACAGCUCCGUGUGGUGAUGCCCGCGUGUUUAGUCCACACGAAAAUGACAGCAUGGACGUCGACAAACAUCCGAAUCGAAAGGCCCGUGGCCAAUUGCGUACGAAGGUAGAGUCGGGUGAGGGAACGAUACCGGUGAAGAGCAGCGAGGGCAUUCAAACAUGGGACGGUGUACUGCAGGGCCAGCGCUUGCUGACCAUGUCGUGUUCGGAUAAAAUUUCGCGCUGGAAUGUGCUAGGCCUACAGGGAUCGUUGCUUGCGUCAAUUAUACAGCCUAUCUAUUUGCACUCGAUUGUGCUCGGCAGUCUAUUGCAUCCUGCUCACAUGUAUCGUGCUAUAUGCGGUCGAAUAGAGAACGCUAUCCAAGGGCUUCCUCCACCGUAUCGCUUGAACAAACCGAAGCUUGCUUUGAUGACGUCGGCCGAGUCACGCAACCAAACGAAACCACCAAACUUCAGCAUAAAUUGGAUAACCGACUGCACCGAGGUGGAGAUCGUCAACUCGUUUACCGGCAAGUUGAUUAACAACAAUACCAAUACGAGCAAAAUGUCGCGCCUGUCGAAGCAGUCAUUCUACCGUCGCUACACCACCGUCAUUGCUCAGCUACCGCAUGUGGGAUCUCGCGAGCUAAAGCCAACGUACUUCGAAACGAAGACGUCGGUGGUAGAGUAUCAGCUGGCAAAGCGUGAGUUGUUUGCUGCAUUCAGCAAGGAAGACCUGGGGGACUGGCUGAAAAAACCAAUUGAACAGGAUCAGUUCACUCUGCUGACGGCGAAAGAAACCGAUCCGCAGUAUGGCGGUCCUCAGCAGCCAAUCGUAGUGCCUCCACCUCCGGCGUCGUCGUUGUCGUCGACGGUGGCGGUGGGGUCAGUUUGCUCCGAGGUAAACGCAGGACCCCAAGCUUUGUCCUCCGCCACUGAUGCUAUCAACUGCUCACGAUGUCAUUUUGCGCAACAACACGCUGCAGGAAAGCGAAAUUUUUUCGCUGUUGAAUGCAGUAUCCAUUCUGCUGGUAGGCAAAGUACUGAACGUAAUGGGAAGCAAACGAUUUCGGCCUCGGGACAGCUCUAAUUUGCCCAUUUUGUCACCGGAUGCCACUUUACGUAAACAGAUAAUGUUUGCAACAGAACUUUGUGGUGAUGCCCGUGUAUUGCUAGUAAACGUUUCGUAAUGCAAAUAUGUUACAUUCUGCAAUAUGCACUGAUAUGCAAUCGCAGAUAUUUGGAAAUGAACAACCCAAGUGAUGGACAGCAAGAAACUUACCGUACCAUCACAAUGGUACAUUUGAUUUUAAUAGUAAUACCUAAUGUAAAACUGCUGUAAACUGAAAUUAUGUUUUACGCUCCCAUUGCUUAAGGAUAGCUAACUAACUGCAUCCGAGAUCAUGAUAUUUUUUUGUGUUUCCCUGUCCUUUGUUUUAGCUAUAAGCUAUGUUUUGAUUGAUAAUAUUUAUUACUAUUCGAUACCUGGCACGGUUUUUAAUGUG